AUGCAGAUUCCUCCUCAACCACAACCACAAGGGAAGAUGCCUUCCUCAAAUAUCUAUAACCACAGACCGAUGAUUCCACAAGCCGCUCAACCUCCUCAACAGCCAGGAGCACCGCCACAGGCGCUGGGACCGCAGCAAGGCGGUCCUCCCCAAGGCCCAGGCGGUCCGGGAGGACUUCCCCUGCAGGGCCCAACGUCCAGAUUGAACGAUCUGUUUGAAGCGAUCAAAGCCGAAUUCGAAACUGUUGGACAAGAUAUCAGUGUUUACAAAUUACAAAGAGAUGAAUUGGAGCAUAAACUUACGGCACAAAUCACAGAACUCUCAGCAUUUCAGCAGUCGUUAUAUGAAUUGGAACGGGCACAUCAGAAGAUGAAGCAAACUUAUGAAGAGGAAAUACAUCGUUUGCGUCGCGAUCUGGAAGGACGAGGGCUGCCACCUGCAUCGUCAGCUAUGGUGCAAGAUGUACGGCAGUCUCGAGGGCCACCUGCACCUGGCUUUCCAGAAGGCGUUCCCCCGCCGGUUUUAGGGAGCAAUAUGGGUGCAUCGAGCGGCGGUGGUGUUUUUGGUGCUUUGAUGUCGGGACCAGGAGGGGACCCUAGAAGUUUGCAACAGCCAUAUCUCAAUGGGGCACCUGGAUCUGAUGGCCAACCAAGUAAACGUAUGAGAACUGAGGAUGGGCCCAUGCCCAUGAAUCGGGACAUGUCGGGUCCUCCACCAAAUCCGUAUACUGGGCGCGAACAAGUUGCAGGAUAUAUGCCCGGUCCUGGACCUGAGCGAGAGCGGGACAGAGAGCGAGAAAAGAAAGCUAAGAAGGGCUCCAUACAAGACGAGCCAUAUCGCCAGGGGGCACCCAAAGAUCAACAACAUCCUUCUGCUGGAUAUGGUGGACAGCCUCCUUAUCAGCACAUGAGCGGUCAACCAGUCAUACCACCGCAGCAAAUGCCACCACAACAGCAUAUGGUAUUUGUUGUCUUGGAUUUUCUUGUUAGAUCUCCUUGUUAUUCUAAUAGUCAACCUGCCGCAAAACAGCAUUCUUCGGCAAGAGGCAGCACUCCCACACCACAGGUUUCAAGACAAGGAAAUGGUCAAGGGCCGUCACAGCAAGGCAUGGCUUUGCAGUCAAUGAUGCAGCAAGCGUACCCACAACAUCAUGUGACUGGCAUAUGCGACCUUGAUCCCGACAGUGUACCUCCUGGAUGGAAAAAAGAGGGUGGCGAUUGGCUCGUUGUAUACAACCCCAGAAGUCCAAGUCUUUUGAAGGCGAGGCUUAAUGUUGAACUGGUUCAUAGCUUGGAGCAUAGCAGCGUCGUCUGUUGCGUAAAAUUUUCACCUGACGGGAAAUAUUUGGCAACCGGUUGUAACCGCGUGGCAUUUGUAUACGAUGCAAUAUCGGGCGCGAGAAUCAGCACACUGAGCGACGAGCGUGCUCCCAAAGAUAGCGAUUUAUACAUCCGUUCCGUUUGCUUUUCCCCUGAUGGAAAAUACUUGGCUACCGGAGCUGAAGACCGAAUUAUUCGCAUUUGGGACAUACAGCGACGAAAGAUAGUUUUUACUCUCGAUGGCCACGAACAGGACAUAUACAGUCUAGAUUGGUCCAGGGAUGGACGAGUUAUUGUGAGCGGUAGCGGCGACAAGAGCGUAAAGGUGUGGGAUGCCGAAACCGGAAAAUGUCUUCUGACGAUGAUUAACGACGACGAGAAGUCACUCCCCGCACCACAACCAAAUGGCUCGACGCUCAAGGACUCUGGUGUGACUAGCGUGGCGGUUAGUCCUUUGGAUGGGCGUUGCGUGGCAGCAGGAUCCUUGGAUGAGAUGAUCAGACUCUGGGACCUGCGAACUGGUCAGCUUUUGGAACGAUUUGAGGGACACAAAAACUCUGUUUAUUCUGUUGCCUUUUCACCUGAUGGCCGUUCCAUCGUAUCUGGGUCCCUUGACAAAACUCUGAAAAUAUGGGAUUUGUCGCCUGCGACUCUGGCAUUCUUAUCCAAAUCACAUGAUAACCGGUCCCCCACCAAUCCCUCAGCAAACGGCGGUCUGGAUCCGUCGGAGAGAUUUGAGACCGUGAUAACAACAGCACCGCGCCACACCUUUGUAGGACAUCAAGACUAUGUUCUUUCGGUUGCAUUUGCUGGAUUGAACUCUUCCAUUGGUCGUGUUGACGAGAAUGGAAAUCCCGUCGCAACAGCGGGAGGAGAAAGUCUUGCAGACGUUGAGUGGGUCGUAUCAGGAAGUAAAGACCGGACUGUGACUUUCUGGGAUGGCCGAGCUGUAAUGGGUCAGCGACCUGGUAUGGUCGAUACGACGACCUCAACCCAAUUUAUGUUACAAGGUCACAAGAACUCUGUGAUAUCAGUCGCAUUGGCACCCGUCGGAGGGCUAUUUGCCACCGGGUCGGGCGAUUGGCGAGCUCGUAUCUGGCGCGUGUCCGCUGCUUCGGAUCGUGGGGGACCUCUCGUACCUGGUGGCCCUGGUGGACCCGGUGGUCCAUCAUUGCCACCUCUUAGUGGUGGUCCUGGAGACCGAGGUGGUCAACCCAUGGUGCUACCUCCGAUGCGAACAUCUACCGAUGUCAAGAUCGGUCGGGAGCGAGAGAGAGAAAGGGAUGAUGAACGGAAUGUGGAUAAAAUGGAAGGUGUUAAAAUGGAGAAAUGA